UUUGGUGACCACCGAAGAAAAAAUUGUUUUGCGGAAUGUUAUCAAACGAAAUUAUCAUUUAUGAUGAAUCAACGUACAGUUAAUGGAGGCUCAAGUGGUUCCUACACCAUACUCCAAGAGGAAGCUGCGGUUAAAUCUGCUGACGAUACAGAGAUUAUAUGUUUUGGUUAUCAUGACAGCGAAUGUAAGAAGUUUUUUUACUACCUAUUUGCCAUCUUGACGUGUGGGUUGUUGGCUCUGGUCAUGUAUUGGAAGCCAGAGUGGAAGAUCAAGUGCCUGAAAUCGAGGUGCCCACUGGCUGUUGCUGAUGCCGUAUUAAUCAAGGACUCGUUUGGAGUAGUGCACACGGCAGAGGUGCUUUGUUUUGAUGCUGAUGGAGCAAGGAUAUUUGGGAGUGGCAUAGCUAGUUUAUACGAAGUUGACAUUCCUGGGGACGAGGCUAACCACGACGAUCAGGUAUCAUUGCUGGCUGGACAGCAAAGUUAUCGCCGUUUCUUUGAUCACCAUCAUGUUCGAUACAUUUGGGACCUCGAAGAAAAUGUCUUCCGUUUUUUGAGCGGCCUGGAGUCAAAUACAAAAUGUGCUGCCUUCCAUGAGCAAUUGUCUGCAGGGCUACCAAAGUGGAGCCAGAAAGCAAAACUCAGUCUGUAUGGACCAAAUUCUAUAGCUGUCGAAGUUAAAUCCUAUUUCAAGUUGUUUGUUGAGGAGGUGUUAAAUCCGUUUUAUUUUUUCCAAUUGAUGAGCAUCGCCCUGUGGAUGUCUGAUCAGUAUUACUAUUACGCUGCGGCAAUUUUGGCGAUCUCUGCAAUAUCCAUGGGUGUCUCUCUGUAUGAAAUCAGACAACAAUCUGAGACGUUGAGUGCAAUGGUUGCUUCCCAUGAUGGUAUGACAAUAGGUGUCAAGCGUAGCGAAGAAGCUCAGGAAGACAUCGAUGCUAAGGAGCUUGUUCCGGGUGACGUGAUUCUGAUUCCACCCCAUGGUUGCAUUAUGCCAUGCGAUGCUGCACUAGUCUCUGGGAACUGUAUUGUCAACGAGAGCAUGUUGACAGGUGAAAGCGUGCCAGUUACUAAAACUCCUCUCUCUCAUAGCGAUGAUGAUGAAAUCUAUAAUCCGGACCUCCAUAAGCGCAAUACACUCUUCUGCGGCACCCAUGUGAUACAGACACGUUACUAUGGUCAAGCGAAAGUCAGCGCAGUAGUUGUCAGGACUGGUUUUUCCACCGCCAAAGGUGACCUAGUGCGAUCGAUCUUGUUUCCAAAACCUAUGGGAUUCAAGUUCUACCAAGAUGCAAUCAAAUUCCUGGGAUUCCUUGCCGUAGUUGCAGCCUGUGGUAUGGUCUAUUCCAUCAUCAUGAUGCUCAGAAACGGGACGAGUGCAUUUAAAAUCACUGUGCGAGUUCUCGAUAUCGUAACAAUUGUGAUUCCGCCAGCGCUACCAGCUGCCAUGACUGUUGGCACAGUCUAUGCCCAGUCACGUCUGAAGAAGGCCGACAUUUUCUGUAUCAGCCCUGCUCGGAUCAAUGUCUGUGGCAAGAUCAAGGUCGUCUGCUUUGACAAGACUGGUACGCUGACAGAAGAUGGCUUGGAUUUGUUCGGUGUUGUGCCAUUGCAAGGAAAAAGGUUUCUCCAUCUCGUGCAAAAUCCGUCUGAAAUGCCUCGAGGGCCAUUUUUGACUUGUAUGGCCUCCUGUCACUCACUCACAAUGAUUGAUGGUGAACUCACUGGUGACCCCCUUGACCUGAAAGUAUUUGAGGCGACUAAUUGGGAUAUUGAGGAACCUGGUCAGGAUACCACCCGCUUUGAUAGUUUGGUUCCCACGGUUGUACGCCCUAAAUGCGAACCUGUUGAUAUAGAAAAUGCACAGAUUUUGGAAGAACCUGGUCGAGAUACAUCCAAAUUUGACAACAUGGUACCAACUGUCGUCAAACCAUGCACUGCAGAUACAUUCUAUGUUAGUAGUGGAGUUGAACAGCCUGCGUAUGAAUAUGGGAUCAUCCGGCAGUUUACGUUUUCCUCCCAGCUCCAGCGUAUGAGUGUCAUUGUACGCCAGCUUGGGGCCGAUCAUAUGGAAAUAUUUGCCAAGGGCGCGCCCGAAAAGAUUGCUGGUCUCUGCAUGAAGGAAACAGUUCCGGAGGAUUUCCAUGAAGUUCUCCAUCGCUACACAAUGCAGGGGUUUCGUGUCAUCGCAACUGCAUUCAAGCCUCUUCAACAGAAUAUCUCAUGGGCCCAGGUCCAAAGAAUUAAAAGAGAUAAAGUUGAAAGCGAGCUUCGCUUCCUGGGCUUGGUCAUCAUGCAGAAUGCGCUCAAGCCCCAAACAACACCUGUCAUUCACCAGCUGCACCACGCAAAUAUUCGCACAGUCAUGAUCACAGGUGACAACAUGCUUACUGCUGCAAGCGUUGCUCGAGACUGUGCUAUGGUCAAAAGGACAGAGUCGAUUGUUUUAGUUCAGGCACAUCCACCAGAUGGUGACAAACCCGCUCGUAUCGAGUGGGAGUUAGCCGACACGGGUGAUAUUGAGAGUUCGGGGGACGAGACUGAUGAACAGUCAUACCACACUGUGGAUAUAGAUUCAGAUCAUCCUCCGAGAUACCACUUCGCCAUCAGUGGCAAGUCAUUUUCUGUGAUACGAACACAUUUUUCAGAACUAGUCCCGAAGUUAAUUUUGAGAGGUACGAUAUUCGCCCGAAUGUCCCCUGAUCAAAAGGCUCUUCUUGUUGAACUGUUACAAGAAUUAGAUUAUAUUGUCUGUAUGUGUGGGGAUGGUGCAAAUGACUGUGGGGCAUUGAAGGCAGCUAAUGCGGGGAUCUCAUUAUCUGAGGCCGAAGCCUCCGUGGCAUCUCCAUUCACGUCGAAAAAUGCCAAUAUUGAAUGUGUUCCUACUGUGAUCAGAGAGGGCCGUGCAGCACUGGUGACCUCUUUUGGAACGUUUAAGUUCAUGGCAUUGUACAGCAUGAUUCAAUUUGCUUCCGUACUCAUCCUAUACGCAUACAAAACGAACUUGUCUGACUUCCAGUUUCUCUAUAUUGAUCUGAUUAUUACGACCACAGUAGCCGUGCUUAUGGGGCAUUCAAAGGCAUAUGACCAUCUGGUCACACAACGUCCACCCGGGAGUUUAGUCAAUGUCGGAAAUCUUAUUUCAAUACUUGGCCAGAUCUUUAUCCAGUUUCUCUUCCAAAUUGGAGUCUUUGUCUACCUCACUCAACAACCAUGGUAUGUUGAGACGAAGGGCAGCCGUACAGAGGAAUCUGUUAUUUGUUGGGAACUUUUCAUGGUUUUCGUCACAUCUUCGUACCAGUACCUUAUCUGCGCCUAUGUUUACUCCAAGGGCCCUCCGUAUAGGCAAUCGCUAUUGGCAAACUUGCCAUUCCUAUUCAGUUUAACUUUCCUGGCCGGCUUCAAUACAUUUCUGGCCUUUAACCCAUUCAAGCCCAUAAACCAAUUUUUCAUGUUGAUCGACAGUACUUCGAGAUUCAUUCCGUUCAAGUUAACACUUCUUGGAUUUGUGACUGGAAACUUCCUCAUGUCUUUUUUCCUGGAGGAGGUGAUAAUCCCCAGCAGUGCCUUUAGGGCAUUCUCACACUGCAUUAGUCGCAAGAGGCAACCCAAGAACAAAUACAAACUGAUUGAGAGGGAACUCAAUGGCGAUUCCGAGUGGCCGCCUGUUGGACAAAUCACGUUUGGUGCGUCACCGUUGUCAAACAAGGGGGCCUACGCAGAAAGCUUGACAUCAUCUUAUGUGAACUGAAAACAGUAGUGAAUAAUUGAACUUGACACUGCAUAAAUCUACUAACUUAACAUUGGAUUUUCUGUCAUUGUCUGUUUUCUUGCCAGUACCGUCAGGGGUAUUACCAGUGCACAUGCUGCAGUUUUGUCAAACUGAAGCCACUAAUUCAAUUGUGUGUUUGACACACCGAAUAUUUUUGAAAAAAUGAAGGGUUGUUUGACAAAAUUUGCAGAGUACAAUGUAUGCACCUAAUAUGAUAUAAUUGGCAUGAUAUUAUAUAUCACGCCAGUGUGAUUUCUUGUGGUGAAUUCCAGGGUGCAUACCUAACCCUCUUGCUACCACAGGGGUUUGGCUGUGUAUAAACCCCGGGCAUACACCCGGUCUAGACCAGGCAACCUGGAUCUCAACUUGACUUGUGUUAAUUCUCUGAUCACUUGGUGAAAAUCUGAAACAUUUGCUAUUGCUAUUUUGAGAAAAUCUUGUCUGUUCAGUAACUGAUGGACUUUUAUAAUCUUAUCUAGUCUAAUAAUGUCUUAACAUAGAGCACAAACAUCCAUGGAGACCCUGGCUCUAUUUCUUUGGCGAGCUUUCUACCUGUCAGGGCAAUGUGAUAAAUGAUUGCAUAAUAAAGGCUGUACAUUGUAUAAAUUGCUAAGCAAUUUGGAUCAUGGAAGGGUAAAACCAUGAAAUCCAAUUUUAUUGGAAUCUGAGCACCAUGGAUUUUGCUGUAAAAUGUCUCUGUAUAUUAUAAUGAAAACAUUUUAUUUAACUUCAGAAUAUGGCUGUAAUAAAUC